AUGGCGCUGGGCAAGUCACGCCUGUCCCUCGCUGGGAAACAGGCACUCAAACAAUCAACGUGCCCAAAGGUCUCGAGACCUGCGUUCCUCACCACGGCAAACCCGACAAGGACAAGAAAUGCGGUCCUGACUCACACUACAAAUGCGGUGAGAAAGAGUGCUGCAGUAAAGACGGCAAUCCCCAUCUUCCCGGUCUGGUACGACAUGCCAACUCCGCAGGGUGUCAUUCUUCCUCCAGCUUUCCCCGUGAUCAGCGGAAAGCUUCCCGGCUUGCCAAAGUGCAAGGACCUCUGCGACGACAUCACCUGCAAGAUCCUAGGCUGUGGAGCUGAUGUCUGCGGGAUUCUGGCUUGUGGCGGCUUCGACACGGGCAUCUUUGGGAAGAUUCUACCCAAGAUCGGAUGCAAAAACAUCAUAAUCAAGGUGAGCUGCAAGCUGUUCAAGAUUGGAUGCUGCAAGAAAGACACCGACGAAGACAUCCCGGAACCAUGCUCAGGGAAGAACUGCUUCGAGGACGGGGGAGAUCCCAUCGCGAUCGACGGCGGCGACAAUGGCGACCCCGAAGACCCAGACGAUGAGGAUGAAGAGUGUGAGACUUUGACCACCUCCCACCUCACAGCAUCCUGCACCUUCCUUACCGACGCUGGUACUUCCACACAAACGUCCUGUACCAGCAUCUAUGAGACAAUCACCGGCUGCGACGUCACGGGUGUGACUUCCACCUACGCCACGACUGCGUGCAUCAACACCAACACCCGAGCCACGGACGUCAGCGUCAGCUGCUUCGCGACGAAUGUCACUACCACCGGUGGCACCACUAUUCAAGGGUCCGGAACUUGCACAGCUGUGAGCAGUUCGGUGAGAACGGGCUGCGAUCUCACGGGUACGACCACGAGUAUCACGAGCUUUGCGGAGGAGCAGUGCGACCACAAGCCGUCGGACGUGGAUGUUGAGUUGGCAACAGUGGAUAUGAAGAUGUUGCGGAGGAGCGAGAGUAGCGAGGCUACUGUUACAGGGGAGACUUUGGCUGCUGCUGCUACUACAACGGCCGCCAUCAGUACUCGUGGGAAGAAGUGGUGGGCAGCAUUUGGGUUUUGA